GGCUUGGCAUCAUUCAGCUUACGCUCGUAUACUGAAUACUAUCGCCAUGGCACCAAAAGCAAGCGGCAAGGCAGUCAAGAAGGCCGGCAAGGCCGUCAAGAACAUUACGAAGGGUGACAAGAAGAAGCACAAGAAGAGGAGGAAGGAAAGCUACGCCAUCUACAUCUACAAGGUGUUGAAGCAGGUCCACCCCGACACUGGUGUGUCGAGCAAGGCCAUGAGCAUCAUGAACAGCUUCGUCAACGACAUCUUCGAGCGUAUAGCUGCUGAGGCCUCGCGUCUGGCUCACUACAACAAGAGGUCCACCAUCACCUCCCGGGAGAUCCAGACUGCCGUCAGGCUUCUGCUCCCCGGUGAGCUGGCCAAGCACGCUGUGAGCGAAGGCACCAAAGCUGUCACCAAGUACACCAGCUCCAAGUAAAUUGGAUGCAAACAUGACCAUUUGACAAUUUAAAACAAUCGGCCCUUUUCAGGGCCAUCAAAUAUUAUCAACGUUUGAACCAAUUAUUAUUGUUUCAUAGUUAUUUAUAUAGUCAUGAAUAAUAAAUUUAUUUGUUUAUCAAUGUGAGUGCCAUCGAGUCUCCAUGUACUAGCUCUCUACUUACUUUGGCACCGCCUAGUGCAAUCGAAAAGUAGGAAGGAUGAAUAUUGUCAGAAUAUUAUUACCGAGUUCCAAGCCGCUCUUCUACUAUUACUCUAUUACAUUACUUUACUGGAUUACAAAAAAAAAAUACAUUAGUUAAAAUUUAUUUAAUUUAUUUUGUUGUGAUGUAUAUUAAAUAUUAUCUUAUUAAAAUAUAUCGCUAAGUUCAAUAUGUAACGGACUAUAGUGCGCAACAAAAUGAGUAAGAGCGUUAACGAGUGUAUGAGGGAACGAAUACAUGUAAGUCUUCCCUCUUACGGUAUGUGAGUGAAUAUCAUGUGACCGCGACAGCUGCCAAAAAGUAAGUUAUGCUCUCGCAUCUUUCUUGCCUUCUGUACUUCGAUGCGAGCGGACGUGUU